UCCAAGUGACAGUGCAAUUUAGAUGAUGGAGAAUUCUCUCUUUCCUCUAAAUAGAAUUAAUGUCACUUGGCUGAAUCCCAGCUUCACCACCUGGGCGAUGGAUAUGAUCCUGGCCUUUGCAUGUGGACUGGGGAUCUUUCUCCUUUUAUUGCCCCGCCUCCAAGGUAAUCCAUCCUUCCCACAACCAAGGGAAAAAGAAAAACUCAGGAAGCAUGUGAAGGUGAAGAAGGUGCUGUACAAGAACAGGAAAAAGAGUGGAACUCUGAAAGCUUCAGGCAAUCGCCUGAAGAAUCUGAUGGAGAUUCAGAAUCUGAUUUUACUCCUGCAAAGUCUCCUAGGGAAGCUUUGGGACAAGGACAGUUCUCCUCUACUGGUAUUUGAAGAUACUGCAGGUGAGGUGUUCAUGCAAGAGCCUACUGAAGUUCAAAAGCUACCUCAUCAACAUUUGGGAGAUCCUUCUACCAUCUUACCCCCAUUGGGUUCUCUAGCUCCUCUGACAAAACACACUCUGCCUCUGGCCUCAUCCUUAUCAGAAGAACAUGAACACAAGUCUGACUUGAAUAGAAUCUCACUGGACAUUGUUCCACAGAGCUCCCUUGUAGGUCACUCAUAUUGGGCAUCCCUGAUCACAGCCAUCUCAGGCCUAGACUGCAUAAGCUAUUCAAUUUCAUUCCUCUCCUGGUGGUGGGAAACUGCAAAGCUCUUAUUCUUCUCUACCUGGGUAAACAAAUCCAAGCAAGAACAUCUUUUCCACCAUCCUUCAGAUGUCACACUCUGGGUAGACCCCACACGUUGGCAGGUAGAGCCUGGCGGCCUCUCUUUCAUCAACUCUGAUGUACAGACACUGCUGGAAAUGCUGAUCACCAAAAGAGUGGAACUAAAAGUAUGGAAUAAAAAUUCUAAAAAUGGGUCCUCUUUCAAACAAAUGAGUCCAGAUUACACCCUGUAUUCUCUGGGAAACAUGUUGGAGUCACUGGGUAGCAAGAGAGACACCACUGCACAAACCUUCUGGAACACAAAAGAAAAACCAGAGAAGCUUCAUGAUUCUCAGAAUUUCUUUUACAACAAGGACUUGGGGGGGCCUUUAGAGAAAAAAUACAGCCAGCUGUUCUGGGGCCUGCCCUCUCUGCACAGUGAGUCCCUGGUGGCUACUGCCUGGGUCUCUAAGAGGUCCUCUACUGCACAGUGUAAACAUGUAGCAUUCAACAAAGUCUCAGAAUCUCUCUCAGUACAAUAUCAGGAUGAAGAACCUCCACAGCUUUCCCAGGAGGAGCCCUUGGCCCAGGAAGAGGCCCAAUCCCAAUUUUUGACACAAAACUUGUCCCCAUCUGUGGCUCUGGGUCAGACUCUGGCUAGCAUUUCAUACACUUUUCCAAACUUACCACCUUCUUCAUCCCAGAUUAAGUCUGGCACAACUAGCAAUAACUCUGAAAAGGAGGCACAGUCUUUCCUCCCAACUGAAGAUCAACAUUCAGAAUGUCCCCUGCAGAACCGAAGGAAAUGGAAGAAGGUCUUAUUCUCUGAGAUCAAAAAGACUCUGGAAGUCAUUAACCAGCCAGCUCUCAACCUUCCCCAGAGAAGCGGGGCCUCCCAAAUUUCCAACUUUGUCUCCAUAGUUGCUGGGGAUUCUGCCAACCAGGAGCUAGAGAAAAGACUCCAGCAACAUAUUCAAGGAGAGUUAAUCAGUGAUCAACCACAGCUAGACAUUCACUGUAGAUUUCUAGCAUCUAAGGAACAAAUGCAUCCUCAGGAUAAAUUUCCAGGGAAGAGUCAGUGGUGGAAAAAUGACAAGUCUGGCUCCUCACAGCCUAGCCAGUCAGCACUUACUGAUAAUGAUCUGCAGAAGAUGGAGCAGCCCAGCCAGUCAGCACUUGCUAGUAAUGAUUUGCAGAAGAUGGAGACUAAGCACUCUGAAAGACUCUCUACAAUGGGCUCUAUAACAUUCAAACUAGAGUUCCCAAACAAGGGUCUAGAACCAGAACUCCAGAAGCAGACAGUAGAUUUGUCCUGGAGCUCAGGAAGCACCUCAGGGAAGGCUCAGAAUGAUAAUAAGGAGGUUUCAGAAAGUUAUUUGAGGAGGACUAGGAAGGAUAUUUCACAAAGUGACUUAUCUACAGGCCUAGAAAAGAAAAUUGUGGAAAAAAUCCUGCAAGACCAUCUGAGCAGAAAGUUAGUGCAGAUCAAGGAGGGCAUGAUCCCAGUGUGUGUGCGUGGAUCCUGGCUUGCUGCCAACUAUGCUCUUCCAAAGUACACAAAACCCAUCUAUCUAGCCUCCUCCAAGUACCAGCAAUCCUAUGUAAACACUGUUAAGCAGCUUUCUUUCCUUGACCCCGGAACUCACCUGAAGCUAGAAACAGAUAUUAUGAGGUCUCGGGUGAGGCACAGGUGGAAUCCAUCACUCCAGGCUCUUGAUACCAUUAAUUGCAACUUAGGUGAGGCUCAAACCUCACCCCUUCCACAGCCUGCUAUUACCUCCUCAGCCUCCAGUGACUACAGAGCCAUUUCCAUUGCCAAAAUUGGCAGUCUCCUGGAAGAACUUCCUCAGAAAGGUGUGGGAAAGAGGAUAAUAAGAAAAAUUUCAUUUCCCACUUUACAGAAUCCUCUUCCUGCACCCUCACCUUCAGAGGUACAGAGUACCAUGCAAGAAACCCCACUGGGUGGCAGUCAGAGGACCUCAGAUGCCUGUAUACCUUCUCGAACCUAUAGCCAUCUGCACAUAAACCAACAGAGUAGAGUUACAAGGGGGAUUGGAAAAGCUAGCCUGGAGCCCAAUCCAAGCCUGGAUAUGACCGGGAUUGAGACACAGAAAGAGACUAAGGAUGUGGCCUCAGAAGACCCAUGUUCUGGUAUGACAAUGCUGGAAAUUAAAGUAGGGACCCAAUCAACAGCUGGAAAGACCAAGGAGACAGAUGUGGAGAAGAAAUCGUGCGAAUGGGAAGUGACCGUGGGAGCCUCUGUGAUGGCAAACUCUCAAACCAUCAAUGUGAAUGUGAAGAACAUAGGGUCUCUUGGAAACAUGAAUAGCCCCUCUCCUUCUAGAAUUUCUAUUUCACAAGAUCCAGGAGACCAAAUCCUGAAAGAAAAUAUAGGUAAUGUUGUUCAGCUCAAAGUGGAGUUUGAGUCAGAGGAGCAAGAGACACAGGAGCAACCCCAAGACAUAGUCACUAGAGUGCUGCAAGAUUGCCACACUAAUGAGCUCUCCACCACAGAUAUUUUACCAUCUCAAGUGUACCUGUCCAAUUCCAAGAGCUUUUUCACGAUUCACAAGUCAAUUUCCCAAGCUCUAUGUGAUGAUGAAAUGAAGGCAGAGAGCAGCCAGGAGCAGGAGGAAUCCAAAGUCACAAAUGUUGAGGUUCCUGGAAAGGAAGACACUGAAAAGAUUUGUAUAAAUGAAAGCCAAGACACUGAAAAGAUUUGUAUAAAUGAAAGCCAAGAGAGCUUUGGGAGGUCCAGACCAAAAGAGGAGGAAGAAAUUUCCCAAGACUGUGGGUUGAGUCCUUUUGACAAAGUCCAGGAAAUAAACACUACUUUAAGCAAGUCCUUCCCUUGCCUUCCAGAAAAGGGACAGAUUCCUCCAGUAAGCUAUGGCAAUAUCAAAAUGAAGGACUUUAUGGAGUCUUUUAACAAUCAUCAAAAAGGAAAAGGGAAGGAAAAUUCUAUGAAUAAAGUCAACCUCCUGACAGCUACCACCCAUACCCAGAAAUUAGCCAAAAGACAAAUAUCCAAAGACAGUGUAGUGGUUGAACCCCAGGCCCUCGUAACAGUUGUAGGACAGAUCCUGAUGGAUAAGCUGGGACUUCAACGUAGAAGUGGUCCAACAGAGGUAUAUGGGCAUAAAGAACCCCCGACCCUAUUGGGUAGGCAAUUCUGUCAACCCAGGGGCUCUUCCUACCCAGAUAAAAGACAAAUGUUUAGAGAGAUUGCCUCUCGUCCCCAAGCCAGCCCCAAUGUCCACAGCCCCAAGAACAAGUGGAUCAGAGACAAUAAUUGGAGCUUCAAGUCUAGGAAUGUUGAGCCUCAAGCCACCGGCUUCCAGCUAAGGUCAAUUGGGGUGAGCACUUUGAGCCACCUUCACCAUUACCCAACAUGUUUUUUUCAAAAUGGUGAUGUUCAAGGUCAACCAGGUCUUGUUUACCAUGAGUUUCCUGGUGAAAAACCUUUCAGGAAAUAUUGAAUUCAUGGAGGGGGGAAACGUUUUGUCAUCAUUCGAACCCAUUCUUUAAGGACGAAUGUCUUCUUCCCUCUUGGGAUUUCAAUUGCUUCCCAAUAAAUUUUUUUUUCCUUUUCUCAUCAGA